AUGGAUGGGAUUGAGAGUGAGAACGCUAAGGCGGCCAAUCAAUCUUGGAGAAAAAAGCCUCGCAAGUUCGCUCCAAAGUCAAGGCUAGGCUGUCGCACCUGUGACGGCUUCAGCGAAACGCCCCUCGCUCCCAAGACUGAGAUUGAAUCAAGUCAUUAUUAUUACAACGAGAAGACCAGCAGAGCAGAAAGUUGCGGCAGUUACCACCCUUGCACCGCGAUCGGUGCGUAUCAGCUAAAACAAUGGCACGCGAAAAACCGUGACCUCAUUUCGCAGAAUCUCGGACCCUUUAUGAUCUUACCAAUGACUGGGUCAACCCAGACAGAGGCAAUGUGUUUUUUCGAGUACAUUUCGAUUAAGAACCUGAAUGAAUAUCACCCCUGCGAAUCAUGGCGGAAGUCUCUCAUGUUCUUUUCGCAAACAGUCCCAGCAGUGCGGUAUGCAGCCAUUGCAUUAGCCUUGAUCAACCGAAUCCACCUGGAUCGCCAUUCAAGCGACCGUGUGCAACAGCCGCAAUCCCGGGAAGAUUGGCUACCGGAUGAGGCUCCAUUGUUUUACUAUAAUCGGGCCAUCCAACUCCUUCUGAAUCAGGAAAUUGGUGAGAGCUCCGAACUAACAGCCAUCACGCUUUUGGUCUGUUAUCUCUUCAUCUGCUUUGAUCAUCUAUCGGGCAACUACGUACAAGCACUAAAGCACUUACGUGGAGGCGUGGAGCUCUCACGCAACCUCGGCAAGGCUAUACUGAACGAAAGCAAUACAUAUGACGAUGCCAAACCCUCAGAGGCUCACACGCUUAUCCGCCAGGUCGUAAGACAGAUCCGCCGUCUCGAUUUGCAGGCCGUGACGUUUCUGACCGACUGGACUCCCGCUGAUAUUCAAGAGACGCUUGUGUCGCAGCUUCCACCCUACGAAAGUGCCUUUCAGUCCCUCGACCAAGCCGCCGACCACCUUGAGAUCCUUGUCGCUCGGGUAAUGGAACUGCGCAACACGGAGCAGCAAACCUCCCAAACGGGGGAGAUGCCGCCGCUACCCUCGUCAAACAAGGACAUUCUUCUUGGGCAGUUGGAAACAUGGUCAAGUCUCUUCGAAGAUAUGCUGCAACAGAGCAGCUCCUAUGACACAGAACCUGAAACCUACCCGCUCAUAUCAAUGCUACGUCUACAACAUACUAUCUCAUGGACUUUGCUCAAUUGUCACGGACCUGGCAGAGAAAUGGAAUAUGACAACUUUUUACUCCAGUUCCAGCAAUGUGUGACUUUGGCAGGCGAUGUAGCGGCAGCGCAUGAGCGGUAUUCGGGGUCUUUAAAGCCAACUUUUACGCCGGAGCUCGGAAUCGUCCCCGUGCUUUAUAUAAUCGGGGUCAAAUGCCGACAUCCCGUAGUCCGACGGGAAGUCUUGAGUAUCUUGCGACGGCAAAAAAUACAGGAAGCGGUGUGGGAUAGCAUCUCUGCUGCUAGGGUAGUUGAGCGGGUAAUCGAGAUUGAAGAGGGUGGGUCUGAGGAGAGAGAAGGGAUACAGAGCAUGGAACAAAUUACUGCGUGGCAGAGGGUCGAGGAUUUGUCUUGGUUACAGGUUGUUAGUGGGCAGUCUGUGACUAGGAUGGAUAUUAGUUAUACGUUCUGCGCGCAAGAGGGAAUGCACAUCGAGUCUCUGAUAGUGUAA